UCACGAGGGGGCCAAUGAGAGUUCGAGCAGGACCGAUUCUGCUCAACAGCUUGUUAUUGGGCUCGUCGCUGGCGAUCCGCUGUGAGUCCGGGCUGAGAGGAGGGGGCGGAGCGGGGCCGCGCUCAGCGCCGCCGCUCGCGGGGCUGUCGUCGUCGCGGAGGGGACUGCGGCGCCGAGCCGAGCCGAGCCGGGCGCUGCCCACUUCGCUCUGACUUUCCAGCGCUUCCCUGCCUGGCUGCGGCGAGGACAAGGCUCGGAGCUGGAAUCCUUCACAUAACCGGUAAAAAUGAAGGCAGCGGAUGAGCCUGCCUACCUGACAGUGGGAACGGAUGUCAGUGCCAAGUACCGUGGUGCCUUCUGCGAGGCAAAGAUUAAGACAGUGAAAAGGCUUGUGAAAGUCAAGGUGGUCCUGAAGGGGGAUAACUCAACUCAGUUAGUUCAAGAUGAUCAAGUGAAAGGACCUCUAAGAGUUGGUGCCAUGGUUGAAACCAAAAUGCCCGAUGGAUCCUUUCAAGAAGCUGUUAUCAGCAAGUUAACAGAUGCUAGUUGGUAUACUGUAGUUUUCGAUGAUGGUGAUGAACGGACCUUGAGACGAACUUCAUUAUGCUUGAAGGGAGAAAGGCACUUUGCAGAAAGUGAGACACUCGAUCAACUGCCACUAACCAAUCCAGAGCACUUUGGAACUCCAGUUAUUGGGAAGAAAUCUAAUAGAGGAAGGAGAUCUUCUCUUCCUGUAACUGAAGAUGAAAAGGAAGAAGAAAGUAGUGAAGAAGAGGAUGAAGAUAAAAGGCGUCUCAAUGAUGAACUGCUUGGCAAAGUUGUGAGUGUGACAUGCAAUUCUGAGAAGGCAGACUGGUAUCCAGCUUUGGUUGUAUCUCCCAGCUGUAACGAUGACGUCACAGUGAAAAAGGACCAGUGUUUAGUCCGAUCCUUUGCUGAUUCCAAAUUUUACUCAGUAGCAAGAAAAGACAUUAAGGAACUAGAUGCUUUAAACUUACCAAAAUCGGAGUCCUCCCCUAAAAAAGCAGGGCUUCAGGAAGCAAGCACAUUUCUCAGCACAAAAGUUGUUCCUCGGAACUGGAAAAUGGACAUAAGUGAAAUUAUGGAGUCCUCUAGCAGUGAUGAAGAAGAUGGAGCUGCUGCAGAAACGGAUGAAGAGGAAAUAAAAAGAGAAGAGAAAAACGAAGAAGUAACGCCCGAGGAAGAGCUUGAUCCUGAAGAGAGGGACAACUUCCUCCAGCAGCUCUAUAAGUUUAUGGAAGACAGAGGUACUCCUAUCAAUAAACCACCUGUUCUGGGCUACAAGGACCUUAAUCUCUUCAAACUUUUUAGACUGGUAUAUCAGCAGGGUGGGUGUGACAAUAUUGAGAGUGGUGCUGUAUGGAAGCAAAUUUAUAUGGACCUUGGCAUUCCUAUUUUGAACUCGGCUGCUUCGUACAAUGUAAAAACUGCUUAUAGAAAGUAUCUUUAUGGUUUUGAAGAGUACUGCCGUUCUGCAAACAUUCAGUUUAGGACCAUUCAUCACAAUGAACCAAAAGUGGUAGAAGUCAUACAGAAACACGAGGAACCAAUGGAGGAGAGUGUGAAAGAGGAGCCAAAAAUGCCUCCAACAGAAGUUAAAAAAGAAGCAGAAGAAAAUUAUUCCAGCAGCGAGAGUGAAAAAGAAGAAAUAGAACUAAGAUCCCCAAGGGGACGAAGACGGCUUGCCCGUGAUGUAACCCCUGCAAAAAAAGAUAACGAAGAUGAUAAAACACAAGACAAAUUAAAAGACAACAACAAGGAAAAUAAAGAUAUAGAGGAAACACUCGAGAAUGCGGAAAAGAAAGAAAAUGAAUCUCUGCUAGGGAGAAAAAGUACACCAAAGCAAAAAGAGAAAAAGAUUAAAAAGCAGGAGGAGUCCGAUAAAGAGUCAGAUGAAGAUGAAGAGAGGCAGAGGGAGAGGGAGGAGAUUGAGAACAAAGGAGAAUCGGAAGGUGAAGAGGAUGAGGAAGAUACAGAACCUUGCCUGACUGGAACCAAAGUAAAAGUAAAAUAUGGACGUGGAAAGACUCAGAAAAUUUAUGAAGCCAGUAUUAAAAGCACUGAGACUGAUGACGGAGAGGUUUUAUAUUUAGUGCAUUACUAUGGUUGGAAUGUAAGAUAUGAUGAAUGGGUGAAAGCUGAUCGGAUUAUCUGGCCUGUGGACAAAGGAGGACCAAAGAGAAAACAGAAGAAAAAAACAAAAAAUAAAGAAGACAGUGAAAAGGAUGAGAAGAAAGAUGAGGAGAAACAAAAAUCGAAGCGUGGGCGACCUCCUCUGAAAUCUACUCUUCCAUCAAACACAUCUUUAUCCAAAACACCUAAUAGUGAAGGUAAAUCAGGAGCCAGAAGUGCACGGAACAACUUGUCAGAUUCCUCACCUUUGCCAAAUGGAACAGAAGCAACACCUCGCAGGCAGACAAGACGUAGCUCAGGAAUGUUUGAUUCUGAUAAAGGAUCAAACGACUCUGGUUCAUCUGACAGUGAGGCAGACGAGUCAUCUGAGAAGAAUUUGAACGAAGAAUUUUCUCCAGAAACUUCAGAACUGGAAAGAAAUGAAAAACUAAAUGAUGAGAAGCUAGAUGAGGAAAGCCCAAAGAUUCCUCACGCACUGAGGGAAAAUGACAGGACUCAAGUGCAGCCAUUAGAAAUCCUGAAACUGGAAGUCGAAGAGAGUGAACAAAUCGUUCAGAUUUUUGGAAACAAAACAGAGCAAGUGGAAGAAAUCAAGAGGGAAGCUGAAAAAUCACCUAAAGGAAAAGGGAGGAGGAGCAAGACAAAAGAUCUCUGCUUGGAGAAUGCAAAGGUUUCUCCGGGAAGUCAAGAAGAGGUGGCUAAUGAAUCUCUUACAGAAAAUGAAAGGUUAGACAUGUCUUCCUUGGACUGUAAAGAGAUUUCCAGCACUACUGAAACAGAAACGGAACCUUCCACAAAAGAUAAGAAGCUUCUGAAAAGGAAAAUUUUGGAGCAGGCUUCUCCUGAGAAAAGAAGUCGACGAGAGAGUGAGAUGGAAGUCCCAAAUAUUGUAUCUGAAGAGAGGACCAAUGAAUGUACUGGGGCAGAGGAAUGUAGAGGACCGAACGCCGAAGAGUCACAUAGAACUGAAAAUGAAGAGAUGCCAUCCCUCGUGGCAGAGUCAGUUCAGCACGGUCAAGAGCUGAGGAGCGAGAGCUUUGAGUGUCCGUCUGAAGAGAAUGGGAACGUUCCCUUGAAAGAUGAGGAUGAUGCAAUGCCUCAGAUCGGUCCGGAAACUUUGCUCUGUCACGAGGUAGACUUAGAUGACUUGGAUGAAAAGGAGAAGAGCAGUAGUGAAGAUACAAUAUCAGAAAAGCCAGACCCUACUGCUUCAAACUCCAAUCCGUCUGCCUUACCCGCUGCUGUCCAGUCGAGCUUCUCAGUGGCCUCACCCCUUACACUUAGUCAGGACGAGUCCCGCAGUAUCAAGAGUGAAAGCGACAUGACCAUUGAAGUGGACAGUGUGGCAGAAGAAUCUCAAGAAGGGCUCUGUGAGAGCGAGUCUGCGAAUGGAUUUGAAGCCAGCACCACGUCCAGCAAUUGUAGUAUAGCAGUGCAAGAAAGAGACGCGGGAGAGAAGGGUCAAAAAAGAUCCAGUGACAGCAAUAGUGGAACACUGGCAAAAAAACAGAAGCGUACUCCAAAGCGAACAAGUGCUGCAGCCAAAAAUGAAAAGAAUGGAACAGGACAAAGCAGUGACAGUGAAGACCUUCCUGUCCUGGACAGUUCCAGUAAAUGUACUCCUGUAAAACACAUAAACUCAUCAAAACCACAGAAGAUUUCUCGAUCACCUGCAAGAGUGAUUUCACCUCACAUCAAAGAUGGAGAAAAGGAUAAACACAGGGAGAAACACCACCACCAGAAUUCUUCACCUAGAGUAUACAAAUGGAGUUUUCAACUCAAUGAACUGGACAACAUGAGCAGCACUGAAAGGAUCUCCUUCUUACAAGAAAAGCUACAGGAAAUCCGAAAGUACUACAUGUCUCUGAAGUCAGAAGUAGCCACCAUAGACAGGAGAAGAAAGCGGUUAAAAAAGAAAGACAGAGAAGUGUCUCAUACAGGAGCAUCCAUGUCAUCUGCUUCAUCAGACACUGGAAUGAGUCCGUCGUCGUCCUCUCCUCCACAAAACGUGCUUGCUGUAGAAUGCAGGUGAUACAUGCUUCUCUGCCUUGCCAGCAGCUUGCUGCCAUGGACUUCAAUCCUGACAUUCAGCCACAGAAAGCACUCAACUGGUUUGACAUUGCCAAGUAUAUCCUGUACACACUUCCACUGCUGGACUGUAUCUGUUCUCCCCUCCUACCCUCUCUUUUGUUGUUGUUGUUGUUUUGUUCUGUUUUUAAGUUACUGCUCGGAGGAAUUGAGCUCCUUGAAGGUUUGUAGGCACAACGUGACAUGCUCGUCAACGUGUUUGUUUUUUGUUUCGUUUUUGUUAACGCAGAGCAAGGGCACUUAUCAAAUUUGAAAAGUGAUGUCCAAUGAAGCAUUCAGGUGUUCUCGGGUAAUCUUAGAAAAGCAAGUGCACCAGGUAGAGACAUCAGAGUAUUAUCCAAAUGAACUGAGCAACUGCUGCACUUUCACCGAGCGGUGUGCGAACUCUCGGUGAGUAGUUCCUCUUUGUGGAAGCACUUGCUAUGCAGAACUGCCAAAGUACGUGUUCAGCAACGUGCCCAGUUUUAAAGGUGUAAAUGGGACAAAAUAAAUUGUGAAAGGAAGUGUAGUUGACUGAAAACUACAGUUGUAAUAAGUCUUCCACUUUUUAUAGGAUUUUUGAGCACACAAUUAUGCAAAUAUUUUAAUGUUUAUUAAUGUUUACAGUGGAAUUGUGAAUAGGUUUUCAGUGGACUAUCUUAUCCCUUGACAAAAAUAUUUUGUCUUUUUUCUAUGUAAUUUCAGAGUUUUUAUUUUGUUACAAAAAGACGAAAAAUGAAUAUAUAACAACAAUGAAGUUAUUUAACAAGAUUUCUAAAGCUGAAAUUUUUGUGUAAAAUAAGGUAUCUUGCAACUUGUUAAAUAUAUUUAUUCAGACAUUGGAUGUUGUAUUUUUAUGUAUUUUUUAAAAUAUUAAUAAAAUUGGAAAAAAAAAAAAAAAAUCCAACAACCAACCAACCAAACUAGGUUAGUUCACUCUUUCCAUAAAACAAACCUAUCAGUUGUGGCUCUCACAGGAGGAUUUACCCGUGCCUGCAUUGGAACGGGCCCGGCGUCGUGUCCUCCCCCCACGCAGGUCUGUAAGCGGGCAUCUGGAUUCAGCUAUGGCUUUGGUUGGAAACUUUGGCAGUCCUACUCACAUCGUUUGGAGGAACAGGAUUUACUGGGUUGCCCUUCGGAUACUUUUGUCACGAGUUCUUAUGUUUGCUAUGCUGCCGAAUGAAUUUCUAUCUCCCAAAGUUGAGAUGCAACGAUAACGUAAAGCAACUGUGUAUGCUUUGCCUGUGGAUUGUCCCACAGGCGGAUACAGUUUGUAAAUAACUCUUCCAAAACCAUGUAUUUAAAGCAGUUUGCAUAUACAUUAUGUAUAAAAGUGAUUUUUUAUCGAUUUUUUUAUUCAUGUUUGUACAUUGGAAGGGGUCCUUAGCCCCUUUUUCUGUGUUUAAUAUGCUGUAGACUAAUAACAUAGACGCUCUAGACUGUAUAUCGGGGUAUUCUGGUUCACACAGCAGCAAGUCAGAACGGAACACUAGCGAUGGAGUAGCAUUACUAAAAUCAAUGUUUCUUGAAAUCUCAUUUUACAACAUUUGUCAACUUGUGAUUCCAAUUCCUUCCAUUUUUGCAGAAAAUUAAAGAAAAAGUACUCUUGUAAAUGGCACUUUUUCUGUCUUUUCUUAAGCAAAGCAGAACUAUUUCAAUGUAAGGUAAAUAUGGAGCUCACCGGACAGCAUUAAUAAAGGCCAUGUUUUAAACAUA